AUGCAUGUCCUGUUUGGCCGGAUUUUCGUGGGCGCCAUGACGGGCAGUAUUCUUCUGUUAGAAGUACUGAAGGCAGGAGCGACAAGGACUCAGACGAGGGCUACUUUCCUCGUGAACGAGUCUGACUCCGUUUGGGAUCUUGAGCUCACUGGCUCUUGGGAUAUUCAAGAAAGCAUUAAAGAUGAUCGUGUGUCAGUGACUGGCAGCCGACUCAGCGAAGACCAGAUGCAUCGCAUCUACGCAGUGGAGGUGAAGACUGCAUCAGUGCCACACUUUACUCAGAGCCUGAGGGAUAAUCUGGAAGCAAUUCCUGACCCUGUAGACCGGACGAGGGAGAGAGCUAUGAUUCUCUCAAACAGCCAGCAGUACGUCGACAUCGGGCUGGAAGGAAAUGGAUGGUUCAAACAUGCCGGCAUUCUAAAGCCAUCAGUCCUCACCGUUUCCACAAAGGGGGUCAGCCUUCGCGAGCUGACCACCAAGGUGCUUCAGAAGGCCAUGGCAUCCGUCAAAAAGAAGACGGGCGCGAAUUGGACAACAAUCGUUGAGGAUGGCGUAUUUCACAUCGGAGCCCACUACAAGGGUGGGCAACCUUCAAAUCUGCCGCAGAACCACUACCACCUAAUGUCGCCAUCGCCAAUCACUGACAGUCAGAUAGCCGCCAUUAGAGAGGCCCUGCAACCUUGGCAUGCCGGACCAGGGAACAAGCCUGCCAAGAAGAUAAAGUAG